CCGAGUUUAAGACCGGCCAAAUGCAGCAAAUUUCUUGAACAUUCCUUAAAAGAUAAUCAUUCUCUCCAUAAUCACUCCUAAGUAUAUAUUUCUUAGAACCAGCUCUCUUUGCACAAUUUGGCAGGAAGAAAAAAAAAAAAAAAAAAAAAAAAAAAAAAAAAACCAUGAACUUGUCCCCAACUUCAGUCAUACAAACUUCAAAACCAUUUCUUCCUUAUCAUCCAAACUACAACAAAAACCAUCAAUCCAAUAAAGUUUUCUCUUCGGUUUCAUGCAAAUCGGCAACAAAGCCGAGUUGUGGAUACAACAACAAAACCAAUUUCUACAAGAUGCUUUGUUUGAGCACCGAAAUGGCAAGCAUGGAUGAGAUAAAGAAAGCAUAUAGAAGCAUGGCUCUUCGGCAUCAUCCCGACGUUUGUCUUGAUCCGUCCAUGAAGGAAGAAUCGACGAAGAUGUUCGUGAAACUGAUAGAGGCUUAUCAGACACUAUCAGAUCCUGUGUUGAGAAAGGAAUAUGAUUAUGAGAUGUUGCUUACAAGUGCUAAUUCUGGAAGAACAUUCAAAGUGGAUUUGAAUGACCAACUUGGAAGAAGAAGAAAAUGGCAAGAACAGAUUGUUGAAUUGAAGAGAAGGUCCAAUUCUCGCAUGGCUCAAAGGGAAGGAUCAUGGGGUUGUAGAAUGAGAGCCAAAAGUUAGUUCUGUGGAAUAGGAUAUAACAUCAUAUAUAUAGAUGGUCUCUAGGAUCCGUGUAAAUUUUCCAACAAUUCUUUAUGUAGAAUUUUGAGACCCUUUUAUUUGUUCCAUUAAUUCAUUGUUUACAGAUAAAGACUUAAUAUUGUGCUA